UCGGUCGCUUGCAGCGUAACCGUCACAUGGCCGAAGCCAGUCUAUCCGCAGCUAUUUAAAGCGAGGCCGUGCGCCUUCAGCACCACUUCGCUGUCCACCGUCUUACUGAGAGCACCCUGACGCAUCGAGGCUCAGAAUACAGCCAACGAGCAACAAGUUCUGCAAACAUGCCGAGGUCUUUUCUCGUGGAUUCGUUGAUUUUGAGGGAGGCCAACGACAAGGGGAGCGAGAGUAACCCACCUCUGUUCCCAUACGCUGUGCACUCGCCGCACCAUCCGCUGCCGGGCUCAUGCCACUCAAGGAAAGCCGGACUGCUGUGCUUCUGCCCGCUGUGCAUGGCAGCAUCCCAGCUUCAUCCAUCUCCUCCGACACUACCGCUCCUCAAAGCUUCAUUUCCUCCCUUUGGCUCGCAGUACUGCCACUCCGCUCUAUCCAGGCAACACUCCACAUCCAACAGCGUGAACCUCAGCCACGCUCCGGGGAUAUACCAGGCUGCGUACACGGUUCCAGACCCAAGGCAGUUCCACUGCAUCUCCAUUGAAAACAACAAUGGAAAACUUCAGAGUAGCAAGCGCAUGCGCACCGCCUUCACCAGCACGCAACUUUUGGAGCUGGAGCGAGAGUUCACCUCAAACAUGUACCUGUCGAGACUGAGGCGCAUCGAGAUCGCCACUUACCUGAACUUGUCAGAGAAGCAGGUGAAAAUCUGGUUCCAGAACCGCAGAGUGAAGCACAAAAAGGAGGGAAAGAGCGGCGGUCAGAGGACUGGAUCACACAACUGCAAAUGCUCGUCCCUGUCCGCGGCCCGUUGCUCGGAAGAGGAGGACGACGACAUACCUGCAUCUCCAUCCUCGUCAGAAAAAGAGGAUGUGGAUCUGUCCGUCUCCCCAUAGAACUGCUACCAUACAUAAUUCUUGAUUUUGAUGAGAUUUGAUUGCUGCCAAAAAGAGGGGAUGAAAAGAAAGAAGACUGUGCGCACUGUGUUCGGUCGUUUGUAUAUAAAGAAAUAUUUAAUCAGAGAACUGCUCUGAAUUAUUGUAUAGCUGUAUACAUGUUGUACGGAUUGUAUGUAGUUUUUUUCUGAAAACAACCCAUUGUUGCUGCCAAUCUGAAGAGCACGGUGGGCAUUUUUUGCAAAGACAAGUCCCCAAUCCAUAGCAACAUUGUUAUUAGUACUUUUGCGGGGGGCACUGCUGAAUUUGUGGAUGGAACUGUCACUUA